UUUCAAGCCCAGCCUGAUCUCUCCCUAGUCCCUACCCACCCGUCCGAUCUCUCCCAGGCUCCGGCGGAGCUCCGUAACCGUGCUCCCACCUCGCCGGCGGCCGCCGCCCGUGCAAUUCGUGAGGGAACCCCACGAGAAGGCAGCACGAUGGUUCAGAAGAAGAAGAAAGCGGCGGCAGCGACCAAACUUCGCAAGCCGCCGAAGCGCGAUGCGGAAAAGAAGCUCGGGAAGAAGGGUGACAUGGCGCAGUUCAGGGCGCAGCUGGACUCCCUUGGGCUGAAGAUAGUCGAGGUCACGGCAGAUGGAAACUGCUUCUUCAGGGCAAUGGGUGACCAGCUUGAGGGCAAUGAGGAAGAGCACAUGAAAUACCGAGCUAUGGUUGUGGAAUACAUCGUGAAACACCGCGAGGAGUUUGAGCCAUUUAUCGAGGAUGAAGUUCCAUUUGAAGAAUACUGUGACUCUAUGCUGAAGGAUGGAACUUGGGCGGGACACAUGGAGCUGCAAGCCGCUUCUCUGCUGACAAGAAGAAACAUAUGCAUUCACAUGCUUAAUUCACCCCGGUGGUACAUAAACAACUUUUCUGGCCGUGAAGCUACUAACAUGGUUCACUUGUCUUAUCAUCAUGGUGAGCACUACAACAGCGUCAGGCUGAGAGAAGAUCCAUGUCAAGGUCCUGCAAUGCCAGUUGUCAUCAAGACUGAUGUCAAUAUAUCUAAUACAAACAAUAGCGCUCAAGCAAAAGCAAAGGAGGUGAAGAAAUCUUACAGAUCAACCUAUGACCACACAUCAGUUAAAUUGGUCAUGGCUGGAACUGGAUGUUCUGACGUUACCAUAGCUGAGCAUGUUCUGGGAGAAAUGGACGGUGAUGUUGAUGCUGCCAUUGAGUAUAUGAUAGCAGAGCGACUUGCAGUCAGUACUAAUGAUGCGGAGGUAGACCCUUAUAUGGACCAUGCAUGUAAUGGAGAUGAACAAGAGGAGAACAACAUGAUUGAGCACAAGGAUGAAGCAAGUUGUUCCAGCAAAGAUGAAGCUGUCGAGAAACCAAAAAAAUCAGAUGCUGCGCAUUCUAAGAAGGAGAAGUCAAAAACCAAGGAUUGUUGCUCCUGUGGAUCUGCAAGGAAGCACAAGGCAUCUUGUAGUCUAGCCACAGCAUCAUCAUCAAGAGAACCUCCAAGGGUCAAAGGUGGGCAAGGGAAAGGCCAGAAAGGAAAGAAGCAAAAGAAAAAAGAACAAGCGGAAGCAGCACCUGCCAAAGCCAAGGAGUCUGCAGUUGCGCCAGACCUAGGAGCUCUUUGCAUCUGAACACUAGCAGCAGAUACGCCAAGCCUGCUUUACAUCCAGCUGUGAUUUCUCAUGCUUAGCUGAAGCCAACACUAUCUGCUGAGUGCUGACUGAGUGACCGACAUGUAAUUCAUCCUAACCAUACGACAGGAGGGGCGAUGAUGUUGGUAAACUAGCAGGUUUUGAUAUGGUAUAGAAUCACAGAUGUGUCAUCGAUGCCAUACUUAUUACUAGACAAAUCUUCAGGAUUGUGUGCUGCUUAGUUGGUUAUCAGCUAAAUCUACUAAUUAUUUAGCAGUACUUUUCUCUCACAACAAAUCAGCGAACAAUACUUUCGGCCUAUCAGCAAGUGAAGCUGAAUUCUAUGAA